AUGUUUAGGAAUUUAAUUAAAUUAGGAGGCUGUUUGGGAUUAUUGAGUUCAUCAACUAUUAUGUGCAAUCAGAUUAGAGGUAAAAAUGAUGAUGAUUAAUUACCUCAUUAUCAUUUUCUUAAUGAUCAUGAUUUAUAGAAAUUGCAAAAGAAACAUACAAAUCUAUCGAUCAUAGAGAGAAGUUAUACAGAACAUAUUCUAUCAGUGAUAAGAGAUGUUUAAACAGAUAUUGUGGAUUUCAGAAAGAAUGCAGAUCGUUUAAUUCGAAUUUUGAUUGAAUAAGCCAUCUCUCAAAUUGAAAAAAAGAAGCACAUAAAAUAAUCUCCAUUAGGAUAUUAUGAUGCUCAUGAGUUAAAAUUUCAGGAUGAGGAAAUCUGCUUUGUGAGUAUAUUGAGAUCAGGAAAUGCAUUUUUAAUAGAAGCAUUGAAGGUUAUGACAGGAGCAUCAAUAGGAUAAAUACUAAUUUAAAGAAAUGAGGAAACUUCACAACCUUCAUAUUUUUUCUAAAAAUUGCCUCAAAAUAUCAAGGAUUAAUAAGUUAUUUUAGUGGACCCUAUGUUGGCCACAGGAGGAAGUGCAAGUAUGGCUAUAAACAUUUUAAAACAUCAUGGAGUUAAAGAAGAAAAUAUCACAUUUUUAACUUUAGUUAGUUGUGAAUAGGGGUUAAGUAAAUUGUUUAGUGAAUAUCCUAAAAUUAAGAUUAUUACAGCUCAAGUUGAUCCAAUCUUAUUGAAAGAUAUCAACUACUUGGCUCCAGGAAUAGGUGAUUUUGGAGAUAGAUACUUUGGGACUGUAAAAAGAAAUUAGGCUUAAUAAUGAGUAUUAUUAUACAAAGAGCAACAUAAUUAAUGAAAUUCUGUUUAUAA